UAGCAUAUUCUGAAGUGGCUUCGCUCUCACUCUCACGCAAGAUUUGGACUCAAAACCAUGGAACUUUUACAGUCGCACAGGGCGGAGAUGAUAACCAUUGCGGUGGCUCUCGUCGCCGUCGUUGGUGCCACCGCCUACUACUACUACCUCACCAAAAAACCUAAAGGUUGCUUGGACCCCCAGAACUUCAGGGAAUUCGAACUUGUUAAACGCACGCAGCUGAGCCAUAAUGUGGCUAAGUUCAAGUUUGCUCUUCCCACACCAAUGUCGGUCUUGGGACUUCCAAUCGGACAGCAUAUGAGCUGCAGAGGAAAAGAUAGUCUUGGUGAUGAACUGGUUAAACCAUAUACCCCAACAACUUUGGAUUCUGAUGUUGGAUACUUUGAAUUAGUUAUAAAGAUGUAUCCUCAAGGAAGGAUGUCCCACCAUUUUCGAGAGAUGCGUGAAGGUGAUUACUUGGCAGUGAAGGGACCCAAGGGACGCUUCAAGUAUCAGCCCAACCAAGUUAGAGCUUUUGGGAUGCUUGCUGGUGGCACUGGCAUUACUCCCAUGUUCCAGGUUGCAAGAGCCAUCUUAGAAAACCCAGAUGACAAAACCAUUGUACAUCUUAUUUAUGCCAACGUCACAUAUGAGGACAUUCUAUUGAAGGAUGAACUGGAUAACCUUGCCAUUAGCUUUCCCAGCCGCUUCAGUGUCUAUUAUGUUCUGAAUCAGCCACCUGAAGGAUGGGAAGGUGGUAUUGGGUAUGUAACAAAGGAAAUGAUUCAAACGGUCUGCCCCUCGCCAGCACCUGAUAUUCAGAUAUUGAGGUGUGGGCCACCACUCAUGAACAAAGCCAUGGCUGCUCACCUUGAUAAUCUUGGAUAUACUCCCCAAAUGCAGUUCCAGUUUUAAGCAUCUGCGGAGCUCUAUCUUUUACUUUUUCCCAUUUCGUAGCAUAACAAAUGAGGCCUUUAUGUAAUUCCAGGCCUAGCAGUUUUAUUGAAAGUAGCUUAAAUAGGUCCUCGUUGUGUCAUUUCAAACGGGAGGAGCUCAAAUCUUGCACAUUUAUAGAACAUGUCAGGCUUUAAUUUUUCUUUGUAAACCAAUGUGCUACAACUUGAAAUUCCUUUGGUCAGUUCUUGUACUUGCUGCAACUAAUGGGAUCAAGAUCUUUUUUAUUUGCUUUAAACUAAAGAAAA